UAAGGGACUUUUUGCGUCUUCCUCGGCGCUGGGAGGACCAUGGCUCUGUGCGGGAUCUACCGGGAGCCGCUGCUGGUGCUUUUACUGCAGAUCGUCCUGAUUUGCUCCGCUCAGAGGGGCCCGGUCGGUCCCCGAGGUGCCCCGGGGCCCCCUGGAACAGCCGGCGUGCCCGGAGUGGACGGCGUUGAUGGCGACAGAGGAGAAGACUCCGCCGUGAACGGCAAACCUGGUCUGGACGGUGACGACGGCAAAGACGGGACUGCGGGCGCUUCAGGCCUCCCGGGCGCAGACGGACCUGUCGGACCUCCUGGAGAUCCGGGCCUUGAGGGCCUGAAAGGGGCCAAAGGCGAGCCUGGAGCCCGAGGACCGCCCGGAGAGCCUGGUGCCGGUCCUGACGGCCUCGAUGGGCUUCCUGGGACUGACGGGUUACCGGGCGAGCUGGGCAAAGCCGGACCCCCGGGGGUGCGAGGCAGGAGAGGCUCGGUCGGUCUUCCUGGUCCCGCCGGGCCGCGGGGUCUUCCAGGCGUGUAUGAAGGCGAAGACCUGUGUCCCAACGCCUGUCCUGCUGGUCUGACUGGACACUCGGGGCUCCCCGGCAUGAAGGGCCACAAAGGAGUGAAGGGUGAAUCUGGAGAGCCUGGCAGACAAGGGCACAAGGGCGAGGAGGGCGAGCAGGGAAUGCCCGGUGAAGUCGGAGCUCAAGGACUUCCAGGCCCAGGUGGAGCAAGAGGCCUGCCAGGAAUAAUGGGUUCCAAAGGCGACAGGGGGCCACGAGGGAAGUCAGGUGACUUGGGUGUGCAGGGGAUCCAGGGACCCCCGGGUGACGUGGGCCAAAGAGGAGCGGUGGGCGAGAGCGGGCCCAAGGGACCUCAGGGGCUUCGAGGUCCGAUUGGAAUCAGAGGAGUCCCGGGGCCGAAAGGAGAGCCUGGCCUUCCCGGUCCAGAUGGCCGUGAGGGAAUACCUGGGCUGCCGGGCUCCAAGGGCAUCCCGGGGAAAAAUGGAGCUCCGGGCGAUGCCGGCCUCCAAGGACUUCCUGGUUUGCCAGGUGAUUACGGGGCAAAAGGUGUCAGUGGCAUAAAGGGUAUCACUGGCGAUCCCGGCGUUGUCGGACUGAUGGGGUCUUCAGGAAAAUCAGGCGAGCGAGGCGAGCAGGGAGAGGUGGGACCCCCGGGACCCAGAGGAGGACCAGGUGAGCGAGGAGAGCGAGGACAUGAUGGGCCUUCAGGUUCACCAGGACCGAGGGGAGGCAAAGGGGAUCUGGGGCUUCCAGGACUUCCCGGCCCUGCUGGUUAUUUUGGCCAGAAGGGAGACAGGGGUGCAGUCGGCCUUGAUGGUCCAAAGGGAGAACAAGGAGCUCCAGGUGCCGAGGGGACGCCCGGAGACAAGGGAGACUUGGGUGAUCAAGGUGAACCAGGAGAAAAAGGAUCGAGCGGCCCGCCGGGAGAGACGGGAAACAAAGGACCCGAGGGCGGCAGAGGACAGCCGGGGAAAGAGGGCAAAGAGGGGCAGCCAGGACCCCGCGGCAUGCAGGGCGACAGGGGGGUGCCAGGCCUGCCCGGAGCGCAGGGACCAUCGGGAAAAUCACCAACAGAUUCACACAUCAAACAAGUUUGCAUGAGGGUAAUGCAAGAGCAGCUGGCCCAGCUAGCAGCCAGCCUGAGCCGGCCCGAGUCGGGUAUCGCUGGAAUCCCCGGUCCCCCCGGGCCGCCCGGACCCCCGGGCCCUGCCGGAGAGAACGGCUUCCCCGGACACACCGGAGCGAGAGGGCUGCCCGGUCUGAAGGGGCCGCCCGGGCUCCUCGGCCGCAAAGGACUCAAAGGUGACACAGGUGACAGAGGAGAGCGAGGGCCCACGACGAGGGGACCCAAAGGAGAGCCCGGCGCCCCGGGUCUGCCAGGCGAGCCCGGCCGGCCGGCUUACGGCACAGACGGCCGCGACGGCCUGAGGGGACCGCGCGGCGUCCCCGGCAGCCCCGGCGUCCCCGGGCCCCCCGGGCCUCCGGGGCCCAACGGGUACUGCGAGUCGUCGCAGUGCGUCCUGCCCAUGGUGGCGUCGCCGGUGUCGGCCAAAGACUCGGGCAUGAAGGGCCCCAGCGAGAUGUGAGGAGGCCCCGGACGCCGAGCCCCAAACUGGACGAGGGCCGAGGAAAACUGAGAGACUGGAGGAGAAACCAGCGCAACAUGGGAGAUUUGUCCCUUUGGGUUUUGUCACUUGGUUUGUAUGUUUUGGCUGUUUGUUUUUGUUUAUUUCCCCCUCCUGAUGCCAUGGUGGUGGCUCUAACACACCAGACACCGAGGUGGACAGCUAACCGUGCUCCUCCGCUUGAGUUUUUACCUCAGUUUUAUCAUCUUUUGUCCUGUAAAAACCAACAAGACUCCAUGUUUUGAGUCCUUGUCCCAUCCUCCCAGCCCCCUCUCUGCCCUCCAAGCAAAACGUUAAAUGCAACAAAUGAGGCAAGCCUGAAAACGUAUUCUGUGUGUUUGUGUAAAUGUGUCAAUAUGAAUUUCCUGUGCAAAUUAUACUGCUGGAUGAUGACUUACAUUUUUGUUGGAGUAUCUUUGUCGCUUAUCCACUCAAACCCGCCGCCUGUGCCUUUUCCUCUGAUAUUUGAUGAUAUUAUCUGAUGAUUGAUGACUGUGUUUUUGUGGCUGGAGGCUGGCGCUGUUUAUGAAACCUCUCUAGCAGUUUUAUAUGACUUCUUAUUUAUUAUAUUAAGGUCCGGCGUGACAUCUUCAAGUUGUACAAAAGAGGAAAUAAACACAUUUUGAUAACCGCUUGCAUGUUUUAUAUGGAAGAAUAUGGCCAAAAAAGAAAAGAAAAAAAAAAAACCCUGACUACAUUCAUACUGAAUCGAGGGAAAAUAUGAAUAUGAUGACCAUCUCAGACAUAUCUAAUGUUAAUUUUCCUCUAAAAGACGUGACAAUCAUGAAGAUGAGGAAAGAUGUGUCAGUGUGUGAAUAAACUGCAGUAGGAUU